CUAUCGUAACGCACGCUAACGCACACAAGCAGAAUGGCCACCAAGUCGGCGUCUAUGCAGGCUGCAGCCCAACAGCCGCUGCGAGUGCUCAUCACCGGCGCCUCGGAGGGCAUCGGCGCGGCCGUGGCACGCCGCUUCGCCCAGGCGGCCACCAGCGGCGACGGCGCCGGUGGUGGCGGCGUGCGUCUGGCGCUGCUGUCGCGCUCGCGUGAGAAGCUGGAGGCGCUGGUGGCUGCACUGCCACCGGCGGGUCCGGGCGGCGCGGGGGGCGGGAGCCGCCAUGUGGUGCUCCCCGCAGACCUGAGUGACACGGCGUCGCUUGCAGGCGUGGUGGCGCAGGCGGUGGAGCAGCUGGGCGGUCUGGAUGUGGUGGUGCACAACGGCGCGCCGGGCGACGUGGACGUGAACGACAUGCUCAACGUGGCCUCUUGGCGCGGCCAGAUGGACAUGCACGUGCUCAGCGGCGUGGCCAUCGCCGCCGCCGCGCAGCCCGCGCUGGCAGCCAGCCGCCGCGGCGGCGUGCUGCUGUGCGUGUCGUCCAUCUGCGGCCAGAUGCCCAUUCCGGGGUUCGCGGCCUACUGUGCGGCCAAGGCGGCGCAGGACAUGCUGGUCCGCACGCUGGCGGUGGCGUGGGGCGGCGCCGGCAUCCGCGUGCUGUCCGUGGCGCCUGGGCCCAUCCACACACCUGGCCUGGAGCGCUACGUGGAGCCCCUGGGCGCCAAGGCGGCGGGGACGACCAACCGGGACACCGCUGUGGCUGAGGGUCUCAAGAUUCUGGGGUCCCGGCAGCCGCUGGGCCGUGUGGGCACACCCGAGGAGGUGGCAGCCGUCAUUUUCUUCCUGGCCACACAGGGCAGCUUCGUGACCGGCACCAUACUGCCCAUCGACGGCGGUGCCCUGGCCUAUAGCUCCUGGGCCGGCAGUAGCAGCAGCGGUGGCAGCAGCAGCAGCCAGAAGACCGGCAGUAGCACUGACCGCGGCGUGGAGGCUCCCGCGGGUGCAGUGGAGUAGGGCGCGGGUGCGGGUGCGGCCCUGGAGGCUCCACAGCCCGCGUGGGCGAGGAUCCCUGUGCUAGCUAUCGUAGCCGCUGUCGCUGCUUCUGUGUGUAGCCUGAGCCUGCUAUGGUGCAUUGUGCUGGAUAGCAUACAAUGGUAGCAAGUAAGAAUGGCAGUUGGGCAUUGGUGGUACCUGAUUGUUACUCGGCGCGUGACUCAUUCGUUGGCUGGCCUGACUCCCGGGCACAGGGCUACGAAUUCCUGCCAAACACUUGCUUCGGGAGCGCCACAUGCCUGCCACACCACAGGCCGCCAGAGUUGUACUCUAUUCGCGCUCACAAAAAUUGCAGUGAACCAUCUUACCGUCACCAUCCGGCCCACUAAGCCAGUGGACAGCAAACCCACUGGGCUAGUGGGCUUUGGUUGUCAAAUAGUCACGUAACAUAACAAUCAACUAUACUAAUGCUAA